CUCAACGGGGUUUGGGGGUAGCAGAUAGACUUUCACAGCCCGCCAUACCGUUUCAUAACUCCCUGUUUCCGGCUAACACUUUUUCUUUGGCCGUUUUGUGUUUUUCUCUCUCUCUCCUCCCUUUGCAACAACCGUUUACCAUUUUAGUUGCUGCUGCUGGUGGGGUUUUUUUGUGUUGUUGUUGUUGGAUAUAUCAUUAUUUCGAAGGUGCUGUUAUAAUUUUACACCCUCCCUUCUUUGCUCACCCCCCCAAAAAAACAGAGAAGCCCUAAGAAUCACAAUGAACAAGCUGUACAUCGGGAAUCUGAGUGAGAGCGUGACUGUGCCAGAGUUAGAAACUAUCUUCAACGACUGGAAGAUUCCUUUUUCUGGGCAGUUUCUACUCAAAGCGGGCUAUGCCUUUGUAGAUUGCCCAGAUGAGAGCUGGGCAAUGAAAGCGAUCGAUACCUUAUCCGGUAAAGUGGAACUCCAUGGGAGACACAUAGAAGUGGAACACUCAGUACCCAAGCGGCAGAGGAGUCGCAAGAUCCAGAUCCGGAAUAUUCCACCACAUAUGCAAUGGGAGGUAUUGGAUGGAUUGCUAGCCCAACACGGAGCUGUGGAAAAUUGCGAACAAGUUAAUACAGAAACUGAAUCGGCAGUGGUGAAUGUUACAUAUGGAACCAAGGAUCAAGCCAGACAAGCAAUAACCAAGUUGAAUGGCUACCAGCUGGAGAACUACAGCCUGACAGUCACCUACAUCCCAGAUGAACAGGCAGGGCAGCAAGGUCAGGAGAUGGGCCGCAGGGGUUACAGUGGCAGAGGACCCCCACCACAAGGCUCAGCAACACCCACAAAACAGCAGUUCGACAUUCCCCUGCGCAUCCUAGUUCCAACCCAGUUUGUGGGAGCCAUUAUUGGAAAAGAAGGAGCCACCAUUCGGAAUAUCACCAAACAAACACAAUCCAAGAUUGAUGUCCAUCGGAAGGAGAAUGCGGGAGCAGCAGAGAAGCCAAUCAGCAUUCACUCAACAGCUGAGGGCUGCUCAGCAGCAUGUAAGAUGAUCCUGGAGAUUAUGCACCAGGAGGCACAAGCAACCAAAACAGCUGAAGACGUUCCCUUGAAGAUACUGGCACACAAUAACUUUGUCGGCAGGCUGAUUGGGAAGGAAGGCCGUAAUCUAAAAAAAGUGGAACAGGAUACCGAAACAAAAAUCACAAUCUCUCCCUUGCAGGACCUAACAAUUUAUAACCCAGAGAGAACUAUCACAGUGAAAGGUUCCAUUGAAGCUUGCUGUAAGGCUGAGGAAGAUAUCAUGAAAAAAGUGAGAGAAGCCUAUGAGAAUGACAUUGCUGCUAUGAAUCUCCAGGCAAACUUGAUUCCUGGUCUCAAUCUGAAUGCUCUGGGCUUGUUCCCACCUUCCUCAUCCACCAUCCCACCUCACCCUGUUGGAGUGGCACCAGCAACACCUUACGGUCCCUACAUGCAAACCUCCGAUCCUGAGACAGUCCAUGUAUUCAUCCCAGCCCAGGCUGUGGGUGCCAUUAUUGGAAAGAAAGGGCAACAUAUCAAGCAGCUUUCCCGAUGUGCAGAGGCUUCGAUCAAGAUCGCUCCAGCAGAAAGUCCGGACACCAAACAGCGCAUGGUGAUCAUCACAGGACUGCCAGAGGCCCAGUUUAAGGUCCAGGGCAGGAUCCAUGGGAAGCUAAAAGAGGAAAAUUUCUUUGGACCCAAGGAAGAAGUCAAACUUGAGACGCACAUUAAAGUAGCUGCCUCAGCAGCUGGCAGAGUGAUAGGAAAGGGAGGCAAAACUGUGAAUGAGCUGCAGAAUCUGUCCAGUGCUGAGGUUGUAGUGCCUCGAGAUCAGGUCCCUGAUGAGAAUGACCAAGUUGUCGUCAAGAUCAUCGGUCACUUUUACGCAAGUCAGCUAGCACAGAGAAAGAUCAGGGAAAUAUUAGCUCAAGUCAAACAUCAGCAACAGCAGAAGGUGCAAAGCAACCAGUCCCAGCCUCGGAGGAAGUGAAAACACCAAAAUAUGCCAGACACGUCCCAACAAUGAAGACAGAUGCCAGGCCAAAGAGUGGCUGUGUUUAGAUCAACUUUUUGUUCACUUUUUAAACUGUGGAAGGCUAAGUAAACAUUGUCGAAAGAAGUUAUAAUAAUAGGCAUAAUUUGGUGUAAUUUAAGACUUUUUUUCUCUACUUGAACUAUGUAAAGAAAAAUUUAGAGUAGCAAAACCUCAGUUCCAUGUGGGGACCAGGCCAAACAUGCUCUCUAGAUAUUGACAAUAUGUCAUCUGGGAGAUUGGAGAAGCUGUUACUUGUAUAGAUCUGGAACCCCUUUCCAAUUAGAUCUAUACUGGUCAUUCUGUUACAAAUUGAUUCCUACCAAUUUUGGGUUUGUGACUUUUUUCUGAUGACAAGUUGCUGUUAUUCAUGGUAGAAUGACUAUAUUAGCAACUUUUUGAGAAGGAUCCUCCCAAUUUGAUCCCUCUACAAUGAGUGGAUUCUUCUCUCCUGCCCUUCCUAAAGUCCAUCAUGAUACUUUCACUCUAUUUCCGAUGGUUGGUUUCAGGGAGACAUGAAAUGCUGGCCAGGUUAUCGACAAGGUGAUGUGGUAAAUAUGGUUGGGUUUGUGGACUAUGGACAACAGCAAAAGUGGAUUCCAAAGUAAAAGUAUUCCGUUACUCAUCAAUGAUGAACAAAAGGCAAGUCCGAUUAUGGGAUGUGGGAAGUCAAGAGAAAAACAUAACAUCCAGCGACAAGUCGUUCACGUAGGCAAUCUACCUCAUAGCUGUCAGAGAGCAAGUAAUGGCCAUCAGAUCUAUCCGGUUAGAUAUAGUUGUAGACUUCUAGCUUUGUCACUGAAUGCAGGUCGGUAUAUUUUUUAUUAGGGUAGUCAGUAAUUGAAGCAAAUUUAAUGACUUUCCAUAAUCUUUAAGUCAUGACCCCAAAGCAUUUGAUUAAUUUUCACUAAAUUGAAAGGUGUGAAACACACUGAUGGUUAAAAUAGCAUUCACAUAUUUUUAAAAGCCACACGACUCAGUGUAGGAAUAAUAUAAACUUGUCUAUGUCAGGUGCCAUUAGAUUGUGGGUUGUAGACACAUUAUAAGAGAGAAACACAAGUAAAAUCUUGUUUAUGGAUCUUCGAAGCUGAAUAGAAAUAUUCUCACAAUAGAUAAAAGUUUCAUUGAGGUCAAAUCUUUAUAGCAAGAUGCAUAAUGCGUGGGAUAAGGAGCAGCAGAACAAGCAAAAAUUUGGAAUGGCUUUGGAAGGUGAAUGUGAUGAACAUUGCAGAGCUGUUUACGAGUUCUUAAUGGCUUGUUGUCCAUAUCAAAAAGAUUCCAAGAAUUGAACUUCAGUAUUUUGGCUUUAAUUUUAAUUCGAACAGUAUACCACUAGAUCUAAGGAAGCGUCUGUAAGGUUGCUUUCUGUGCCAGUUCCAGGACUACUAGCUGAGUUAGGAGGUAGAUGGUUAGUCUGAGUGUCAUCCAGUGUACACUGCUAGCUACAUCCUGUGAAUGGAAAAUUAAGGCCCUACUGUGUUUCAGCCGGAGUGGAGUUGAUUUUUCAUUGAGUGUAACUCUGGAAUCUCAUUUUAAAAGAAAACCCAAUAAAGUUUCGAGAGAACUACCCUGCUUUAUGCCCAUUGUAAAUGUUUGACUUCAAUGGAAUCUUCUAAAAAAUGUUGGGAAAUUAUUAAGGACACAAUCUUCACAAAUACUUUCUACAGAUAAUUAUUGUUCAACAGUCUGUAAAAGGGGUUUUGGGAUUAGGCCACAAUGCACACAAAGGUACAUUGCAUUCUUCUUCCUCUGCCUGUACCACCAAUCAAUUGGUAGGAUACCAUGAGCUAGUUGAGCUUUGCUCAUUGCUGAGUAUAUUUUUGUGAUGGGCAAAAUCUGUGGAAUAAAAUUGGGAUGCAGAGAGAAAAAGCAGCCUUCAUUUGAGCUAAACUGAUUCUUGAUUUGUCUAAUUUUAUUCUUUUAUACUAAGCCUUCCACAGUGUUAAAACACUAGAAAAUUGUGUAUUCUUGCCAAAACUUAAAUGAACUGUGAUGAUAAGGUAAUGCCAACCAUGUGUGGUAUUAACUUAAAAUUUAUUCCGCUUUCUUGAGCUAAACUUAUGAAUUAAUUCCUUCCAAGUGGCCAAGAUUUUAGUGUGGUGUUUUUUCCACAAUAAAACAUGUCAUCUUCUUGUGUCAGACAGAGUUACAAUCGGAACUUUGUGUUGUGGACACAAAUCUGUCUUGAUUUUAUCUUGUCUUUUUUUUCAAACCUGGAAUUUGUAGUAAGGAAAGAAAGUGGAAUGAAACUAAGAGUCCCACAUGUGAGGAGUAUGGUAUUAACUGAACGAGAUUAAAAAUAAGUGAAACAUUGAAAGAGAGAAAGAUAAACAACUUUGAUAUCUGGUCCAGUCCCUUUUCUAGGAAAGAUUUUUUUUAAAUUAAUUGAGUUGUGAAAAAUAAAAUUGAGAGAGAAAGAGAAAACAUGACACUGCUAAGGAACACCGAAGGAAGUAUAUUCACCAGUGAUGGCCCAGGGCAUUACUGUGUGCUUUUACUAGACUACCUCAGGCGUUUAGUACCUCAACAUUUGUUCCUUUUUUGCUUGCUGGUAUUUUAUAUACUUAUAAAGCUGAUAGUCUUGAAUAUUUUAUUUUUUUAAUAAAAGAAAGUAAAAUUUGCUGAGUUACGUACAACAGCCGGGAAAUGCGUGGAGUGGGCUGUUAGUUUUGCCCCUGCUUCUAGUCAUUGGAAGUGUUUAAAUAAUUAAAAAAGAUUUGAAAAUUGCAGCAAUUGCCUCAGAUCUGAGGUACAGAGGUGCCACAUUGGGAACAAUUUGCAUUUUUGUGUACUUAAAGGCUGUUGUGAUGAUGUGGCUAAAUGCCACAUCUUUUUAUUUUUAGAUAUUGAAAAUCACAUCUAAUGUUUUUUUUCAGUUAGUGCUGUGUAAAAAGCUUGGAUUUCCUACACUUACCCAGAUUCUUUAGGUUUUGUCACUGAUGUUGUGUUACCUACUUUCAAUAUAAACAACUAAUAUCCCUGUAAUGUGUGAAAGAUCUUAUCUCUGCACACAAUGCUUUUCAUGAUUAUUUCUUCUAUCCACAUUUUAAUGAGAGUAUAGCCUCAAAAUUGUAUUAGUCUGAAAAUAUACCUUUCUAUUUCUGUGAAACAUGCAUACGUUUAAAAUAGGGCUGUUUGACCUCUGCAAGCCCUAGAUUAGUAAUUCUGCAGCCUUAACUUCAAUCUCCCUAAUUCUGUCUUCAUCCCUGCUCUAUUAUUGCUCUUGUUGUGACUUGCUGAGCACACAACUAGCAUCUUAACACAGCAGAAUAUAUGAGUGGGAUUUGUGUCUUUUGUCACUUAAUAUAUAUAUCUUUUACUUCCCGUUCCUCACUUCACCUGCCAUUAUUCUUCUCAAUGUAUUUAUUUCUAACACAAAGCUUCAAAGCUGGAAACUUUCAGAGCUUCAUUAUUUGAAGCUCCACACUUUAUGCUUUGAACUUCUGGUUAAAAGGGUUAUCUCAAAAACAAAAAUUCCUAGUGCUUCUUGCAAGUUAUCUCUUAUUUUCUAAUCUUCCAGUCAGUUUUCCCCAAUUGUGAGAAUGCAAAUGAAACAAUUUGUUGUAAAUCACCAAGUGGUGAAGCUUUCCUCUAAACUUAAACUUAAAUAGAUAAUUCCAAAACAAAGGGAAAGGGCAAUGUAGGACAGCAGCUGUUAAGGGCCUUACUGCAGCAGAAGAAUAAAAGUUUGGAGCAUAUGACCUUCUGCAUCACUAUUGCCAUCUUUAUGUUCACAAGGAAUAUUAAUUCGAGAACAACCGGCUGCAUGCCUGUAAAGUCUCAGUUGCAGCUCCUGGUGAGGGUGAAGUGUUAAAACAGUGAGAUAAACUUCUCUUGAGGGAAAGUGCGAAUGGGUAAUACAUGCUGGCAUUGGCAGUGAUUCUUUGCCCCAUAAACAAAAAUAAACAACUGGACCACACUUGGAAGAUAAGUUUAAUUAUUAUGCCUUUUUUAUGAGCUUGGGCUGUCUUCCCUAUCCCAUCCAGGUUGCAGAUCCUCAAGUCUUUACUGAUGCCUACAACCCAGCUCCCUGCCCAAAAUGACCUCGACACAUACACACAUAGCUGUGUUUGUACAUGCAUCCAGUCUCUUUAAAAUAAAAGUGCUUUCAAGUUUAUUUCUUUGCAUAAUAAUCUGGGAAAAAAAUCCAAGUUUUUUGCACAUGCCACCUGCUUUUGUUAAAUACUUCAUGUGGGAGCAAAGACUAGAUUCUGAAAGUGGCUGCAUUUGUGCAACGCCCAUUCAACCAUUGCUGUAUUUUGUUUUCAGGUUAAGGCAUUGUCCUCUAUACAACCCUCCCUUUUAUUUGCUUAAAUCGUGAAACAGCCUAUUCAGACUUCGGCCUUUUUUUUUGACCCUACAGCAAGCAUCAUCUCACCGACACCUGUUUGAGCCUUUUUAUAUCUUGAAGCUACAGUGCAGGCAAUUGACACUUACAGUGGUGGAUUGCUUACAGCUAUUGACAGUCCUGCCAUAGACACUGUCUGCCUGGAUACUAGGGUCUGAAUGUCUCCUCCCACAGAGCUCCAUGUUAAACUGAAACAAGAGCAGAACUUGAUGGAGAAACUGAGUUAGAAAAUUUCUUUUUUGGAAAAUGCAUUUUUGAAGAACCAUAAUAUUAGGAAGCUUUAAUGAAGUUCAGGAAAUUAAUAAAUUUAAAGGUCAACAAAGUUCUGUUGGAAACAUUAUUGUAGGUCAGUUUGCUUUAGGGGCAAGUGCAAAUUACAAACCUCCAAUGCAGAUGGAAAAUUUUAGAAAUAUAAGGCAGAAUUUCAGCAGCCAACUAGAAAAAUGUACAGCUUAAUGUUUUGCAUAGUGAAGUACACCAGGGAAGUAGAUUAGAUUUCUAUAAGGACAAGGGUUUAUGUCUUGGAAACCUUGUCCAUUUCUCAUUCCCAGUUCUGUUGAAAGAUCCUUAUUAAGUUAUUUAUCCAUCUGUGGGCUUGCCCUACGUUUCUGCUUUGAAUUUCCAAUUUGUAGCCUUUGUAAUCUUUCCCAUUGUACUUUGAGCAUCUGUAACAGACAAUAGGAAAGAAAGACAGAGCUAGAUUGACCUUUAUGUCAUAAAGUGAAAUUACUUUGAAAGUAGUGGUCUGUGAUAAAGUUUUAUGCCAAAGUUUGGCUUCACAUGUUGAUUAGAGCUUAGAGUUUGUAUGAGAUUGGCUAAUGGACACAUCAAAGUGCAUGUUAAUUCCCACUGGAGAGCCUUAGAUACCAAACAGAGGUUUGAUUUAUCAUUACAGAUUUCGUGUGAACAGUUACAGGUUUAAGAUGGGUCAAUUGAGUCUGCAAAGCAGGCCAAUCAUGCCAUAGACCUCCAUAGUGUGAAACGGAACCAUUCAGACACCUGAACCAGUUCUGAUGAGCUUAACUUAAAUCCUAAGUGUUGCUUAAAUCUGAGUGUUGACUGGAGCAAAACCUCUGAUUGCAUGUUGUCCAGCCAGAAGGCCAUAACUUUAUUGGCUGUAGGGCUCUGAUUUUGUCUAUGUAUGGAAUAAAUGGCCUGUGUUUCAAAGCACUGCUCCAUUCAGCCCCCCAUGAAUAUUUUUGUAGCACAAACAUCUCUUUUUCAAACUCUUUAAAACCACUAAAUGAACAGCCUCUUGAAGGCCAGGUUUGCUCACUUCAUUUAGCACCAAAACAACCAGCGGUGAGUUUAUGGGUUAGUUAGAUGGUGGCAGUGAGCAGUGCAGAGAGUGAAACUAAAUUAGGGUUCUUAAAUAAGAUGUUCACUCUGGCACAGAUUAUUUUAAACAGGAAGACAACCAGAUCAUAACAAGCAGGAGACAUUUUCUAUGGCAGGACAGAGUUUAAGAUUCUAAAUACUUCAAUUUGAGCUUAAAGAAAAGAAUGAGUUUACACGGAGCAUUUGUUUAAAAAUAAAAUCACUUGUCGGGCUGUUUGGAGGGCAAUUAAAAGUUGAUUAUCCAACUUGUGGCCUGGCCUUUGAGUGGCACCAGAGUUUAACUCCAAAUUGUAAAAUUUCAUAAUUAUCCACAGAAUUGGGCCAAUUUAAAGCAAGAAUAUAUGACAUAUCAACUAAGAAUUGCCAGCUUGGUUUUGUUAAAAGGCAAUGUCCAAAUGAUGUGGUUAAUAUGGGUUCAGCUGUUAACUUUUAAGCCUCAGUUUAUCCACAGGCUGCAGAUCUCGAUUUCCUAAUCUGAAGUGUGUAUGGUUGGCAUUUCCUCCAUGGGAAUGAAACAUGGAACAUUUAAAGUCAGAGGUCCACCUUGGGCUUCCCAAGGACCUUCUUGCUGUAAUAGUUUUGAAGGAUCCUUAUACAAGCUGCUGCCCCAUUUGCACCUGUGCCCCAAAAGAUCCUGUUUAGAUUCUAUCUGCUACUCCUGUAAUAAGGUUAAACAAGCUGCUGUGUGGAGUAAUCGACAUGACUAUCACAUAGAGGUUGACUGUAGUUAUUAUGAAAGACUCUUUGGCUUCCAGGUAGCUUAGAUUAGCAUUUGGCCAUCACCCACCUCUACUUUUUGAUGACUCACACUAGGGUACAAAUCCCCAUGAUCUGGUACUUAUGAGUAUCUUGUUCAACCAGCUAAUGCAGUUGAACUUUGAUGACUGUGAAAAGCAUCAUGACAAAAUCGAAUCCCCCUCCUUGCUCAAUAUUCAUUCCCAUACUUAACUAGCAAAUGUUACUGUAUAGCAGUGAUAGAUCAGAGGUUAUAUUUUUAAGAUUCUGGAAGGAGCUUGAGACCAAUUUCAAAGGAUUCCUCACUCUAAUUACCCCUGGUGAACUUUGCACAGAGUGGAAUUCAGUGUGAACCAGGCCAAUCAUAUUGACUCUGGCAGAUUCGUUGCUGCAAUCUUCAGCACAACAAAGGAUACUUUGGGUAACAAAAUGUGGGGCUGGAUGAACACAGCAGGCCAAGCAGCAUCUUAGGGGCACAAAAGCUGACGUUUCGGGCCUAGACCCUUCAUCAGAGAUGCUGCUUGGCCUGCUGUGUUCAUCCAGCUCCACACUUUGUUAUCUUGGAUUCUCCAGCAUCUGCAGUUCCCAUUAUCAAAGAUACGUUGGGUGUUGUGAAUCCAGCAAUAGACCAGUCUUCACUGAGGCAAGAUAAUAAAUACUCCACCUUCCCCCAAUAAGACAGUUGGACAUUGCCUUUUUUCCUCAAUGUUUCUAUUUUUGAACUGUGCUGAGGUGCUUGGAAUAAACCCGCGUAUAUCCAAGACAGUAACUACCUCAAAAGGUUUUCCACGUGAAACAAAAUGCUGAAUUACGAGUUACUCUGUUACCUCUGCUCCGAUGCAAAGCUCCUUCUUCACCUUGCUAACCUUGCAUUGGUGUGUACUUGCAUGCAGGUUUGCUUCAUCAAUACCUGCUCUGCAUUCAA